AUGAGGGAGGAGAAGCACCAAAUGUGGUUGGUGAUUGUCGAAUUGAUCGCCAAUAAAGUCGAGCCCGUUGCCAGUGGUUCCUGGUGGCAUGGUGUUAAAAGCCACGGGCUUCUAGCUGAAAAUGGUGGUUUGUCAGUCGAAAUCGCUGGAGAGAUCGAAAGAGUGAAAAUGGGUCGAGUCGUCAUCUUUUUGCUUCAUUCCGUGAUUACUACAUCAACACAUUCUCAAGGUCUAAAACUUACAACAAGAGAAAAUGAGCAGUGGAGACUGGAUGUGUGCUUCAUGUCAGCAUAUGAACUUCAAGAAACGAGACGCUUGUCAAAGAUGUCAUUGUCCCAAGUUUGCGUCCCCUGAAGAGGUUUCAUGUUAUGGUAUGAACACAACGGAGGUUUUGGCUGGUGAUUGGUAUUGUGCUACAUUCAACUGUGGGACACACAAUUAUGCUAGUAGGAACGCAUGUUAUAGGUGUGGAGGACUCAAAGAUUAUAGCGCUAUGAUGGCUGCGACGACAGCAGCAUGUUAUGGUUAUGAUGCUAGCGCUGUUCCAGGUUGGAAAACCGGAGAUUGGAUUUGCAAUAGAUUAGGUUGUGGAGUGCACAAUUAUGCUAGCAGAAUGGAAUGCUACAAAUGCAAAACACCAAGGGAAUGAUUAAGAAAGAAAAGGAAUCAAGGAAGAGAAACUUGCCCUUCAACGGCCAUGUUUUUUUAUUUACUCUUUCUUGUUUGUUUAUUCUCUUUCUAUAGCCGAUAUUCAGCAACCUUCUUUCUUUUUUUCUUUUCUUUAAUUUAAUGCCUUAAAGGCUUGAUAGUUUCUGAGUUUAUAUACGGUGUAAUCUCUUCUUAAAUGAAGUUUAUCAGGCAAUAUUCGUAUUUAUUUUAUUUUUUU